AUGAAUAUCCCUUCGGUCCGCCUAUCGCGCCCCUUUCUUUUCUCCCUUCUUGUUGUUGCUGUCCUCGCCUCCAAGUUCCUUCAUCUGUUCCAGCAUGCUCACACCAUUCCCCCGCUGAGAUUCAUUCUCUACUUCCCCACAUUCUUCGUCCAAGAUAUCGUCACCGUCAUCGUGGGCCGGCUCCUGCUCCAGCCCGGCACCGGCGCACUCUUCGUCGCCGCGCUCACCCUUGGAGCGUUCCUUUCGUUUCUGAUGCUUGCGACCGCCGCUGGCCAGCUCGGCUUCUACUACAUCACAGGCGCCGAAAUGCAGUUCGACUCUGCCUCGAAUGUUGCGGGAGAUCCAGCUGCGAUUGGACUGAUCCUCAGCGGCGUUGUGGAGGUGAUGGUUUCAGCGAUGAUCCUUAUUAUCAUCGCUUUCUUCUGCACGCCAUGGCUAUACAAUAAGGUUGGAUUCUGGUUGGCUGCUGUCUGGAAGCUCACGACCCCUGGAAACUGGGAUAUGCUCCUGCCUACCGUGCGAACAAGACCCGAUCAGUCUCACAAGAGAGUCAUCCGCAUAUGGCCCUUUUGCCUAUUGACCGGAGUCCUCGCCCUUAUAACCCUGCUCUGUCUCCGUCCUUCCAGGCCGUACAAUCACAUCUCUGUCACGCUCCCCGUUGCAUUGCUGCGUGUUUUCCAUUCUCCGACCCACACCGAGAAUAAAUGCGCGCUUGGUUCGUCACUCUCGAGCGAACCCUUCCCAUUUCCCGAAUUGAUCGCAGAGGAGAAUUGGGAGAUGCCCCGUGGCCAUUUUAAGGGCUGGGCACCUGGCAAGAGCAACAUGCUUGCCAAUACGUACAGAAAAAGGAAACCUGAAUGGCUCCUGGACGACACCCCAUAUGGCUUCGGGCGAUGGCAACGAGCUUUUCCAGACCCCACAAAUUCUACUGCCCAUGCGGAAGAAUCCAUAGAGGAUAAAUGCCAGUCCGGCGAUGCGGCCAACUAUUAUAACCCGGUCGCGGAUCCCCUCCGAAUCACCAAUCUGGACAUGGCCAUGUACGAGUCCCUCGAGGCCGCCCUGUCGUCGGUGCUGAUCUCGAACGUCGUCCUGAUCACCAUGGAAAGUCACAGGAAGGACCUCUUCCCCAUAAAGGAGGGGUCUAACCUACACAAGAACAUCCUUGAAUCGCAUGAUGAGAAGGACAGAGCGGAGAUAAACAUGAAACUGCGCCAGCUGACCCCGGUCGCUGAACAAGUUACCGGAGAGCACUUCUGGAAGAAUUCAACGGGGAAGCCCGAUCUUGAGUUUUCUUCGGACAUCUGGCGAGAUUCUGUGGCUCCUGGUAUGGGGGGUAUCAAUGUCGUGGGUGCUGUUACUGGAAGCAGUCUCUCCUUCAAGAGUUUUCUUGGCAGCCAUUGCGGUGUUUUCCCGCUGCCAGUCAAUUUCUUGGAAGAGGUUACGACUGAUGUUUACCAGCCAUGCAUUCCCCAAAUCCUGCAACUGUUUAAUAAUGCGAAGAAGGAGAACAAGACGUCGAAGGCACAAUUGGAGCAGAGAGUCGAAUCCGAUCCCUAUCGGGCUGAUGUCCACUCCAGGCCGUGGAAAUCUGUGUUCAUUCAGUCCAUUACGGAUACGUAUGAUCGACAGGGUAUCAUGAACGAGAAGAUGGGCAUGCAGGAGGUCAUUGUCAAAGAAACGCUUCUGAACGAAAGCUCGAAGUAUUAUCCUCCAAAGUCUCCCAUCUUAAAUUAUUUCGGCUUUCCCGAUACAGAUGUCAGAGCUCCUGUCCGCGAUAUGAUUAUGGAGGCUGCGCAAAACAAAACACGUCUUUUCUUGUCUCACUUCACAAGCACCACACAUCACCCAUGGAAGGUCCCUGAUUUCUACAAUAAAACGGAUUACAUGGGCUCGCAGGCACAUAAGAAUAUGAAUAGCUUCCUCAACACUAUCCGAUACGUCGACCUCUGGAUGGGUGAAAUUCUCGGAAUGAUCGAUGAAGCCGGCAUUGCAAACGAAACAUUAGUGGUUUUUGUUGGUGACCAUGGUCAAGCUUUCGAGGAAGACGGUCCCAUGACAGGAACGUACAAAAACGGCCACAUCAGCAACUUCCGCGUUCCUAUUGUCUUCCGACACCCGCAUCUUCCCCGUAUACAGAUCGAAGCCAACGCAACGUCGAUGGCCAUCCUGCCGACUCUCCUCGACCUGCUUAUCCACAGCAAAUCCUUGAAUUCGUUCGAUACUGCAGUAGCUUCCGACAUUAUUCACGACUAUGAGGGCCAGUCACUACUGCGCCCAUUCAAAUCUGAACACAAAGGCCGAUAUUCGUGGAACCUUGGAAUUAUCAACUCCGGCGGUGACAUGGUAUCGGUGCAGUCCGCAGGCAAACCAUGGCGAGUGAUUGUUCCCCUCAAGCAAGAAUUUUCGUACCGCUUCACCAACCUGGACACCGAUCCGGACGAAACAGACCCCAUCGAGGGCUGGUCAGUGUCCGAGUUGUCGCACACCCUCAAGCAGAAAUGGGGCGAUGAAGCCGUGGAUUGGCUGGUCAAAGCUGACGGCGUCACUCGAUGGUGGAAGAGAGAAAUGCAUCGAUUAUACAAUUACGAUAAAGACGAAUAG